AUGUCGAAAUGUUCACCUCCUCCUUCACAAAGGCUUUCAAAGUACGCUCCAUUGAUUCAUGUCAUGAAGGUUCAUCCUGAUAAAAUUAACCUGAUCAUUGGUUCUGGUGGCAAGAAAGUUAAGAGUAUUAUUGAAGAAUCUGGAGUUGAAGCUAUUGACGCAGAAGACGAUGGAAUUGUAAAAAUUACUGCAAAAGAUUUAGAAAGUCUAGAGAAAUCCAAAUCCAUUAUUACAAAUCUGACAAUGGUCCCAUCUGUUGGUGAUAUCUAUAGGAACUGUGAGAUCAAAUCAAUAGCUCCUUAUGGUGUUUUUGUUGAGAUAUCUCCAGGGCGUGAGGGACUUUGCCACAUCAGUGAGCUCAGUUCAAAUUGGCUGGCGAAGGCAGAAGAUGCCUUUAAAGUUGGAGAUCGUGUUGAUGUCAAACUUAUUGAGGUAAACGGAAAGGGACAACUUCGCCUUAGCCGUCGAGCACUACUUCCUGAAAAAGAUUCUGAGAAAUCUAGUGCAAAGCAGCAACCUAGUGAUCCCACCAAAGACAAUGAAGAUAAAAGUACACCCAAAAAAUACAUUAAUAAACUGGAGGAUAGUUUGCCUGAGGAGAAGAGUGAACAAAUGAACCAAGUUGUAAACUCCUCAAAAAGUAGUUCUGCAGAAGACACCGUCCUGACACAAAAGAAAGUUAAUAGGAGACAAAAACCGAAAAAAAGCGGCAGUAGUAAAGCAGUGGGAAGUCUCUCCACCAAAGAUGUUAGUAAUUUGGUGAACGGAGAGGCUAAAAUUGGGUAGCAGCAUACUCAAUUAUAAUCAAGUGAUGAAAAUUUAUUGGUUUCUCAACGAGAAUCACAAUGGAAGUGCUUCCACAUUGACAAGUAAUACAGGGGUUCAAUACGAUAUGCCUGAACUUGAAUGUGCUUGUCAAUCUUUAACCAGUUGCUGAUGGAACCUGAGAAGAUGCAACUCCUGUAUCAUCAUCUUUUUCUGCAAGUAAAAGGGGCAUUUACGGGCAAGGUCGAUUUCUGAAAUAGUUUAUGCUUCUUUAAGUUUUGAAUUGUACAGGAAAUACCUUCUUGAUAGAAUGAUUGGAAAGUUUUGGUGCACCUUGGGGCCUCUUGCAGCUACAAAUUCAUUCUUCCAUAUCCUUAUAUAAUCAUGAGCAAUGCUAUGCCAGUCAUGGCUGUUCAUUUGUGCAGUUCUACUCUGUUAAACUUCAAAAUUAGUUGAUAUUGCCA